GCGCGGAGCAGACCAUAUACGCAUGCCAUCUUGAACUGACGCGAGUAAGUAGGCGCCCAGGGCGUAGACGAGGAAAACAGUCGAGGGAGAUCUAGCAACGGCCUCCGCCCCGAUCUCCCGGAUCAGAACCAACAAACAUCUUCGUACGUCUCGCCGGAGAGGGAGAGUGAGCACGAUGCUGCCGUACUCGACGGCGGGCGAGGCGGAGGCGGCGCUGGGGCGCGCCCUGACGUGGGCGGAGGCGGCGUGGCUCCGGUACUCGGCGUCGGUGCCGGACUGCUACCUCCACUGGCCCAACAUCGCCAUCACAUUGGUCGUCUACACGCUGGCGCCGCUGCCGCUCGUGCUCUUCGACCUCGCCGCGCCGGAGAUCGCCGCGCCGUACAAGCUGCAGCCCAAGGUGCAGCACCCGCCGGCCGCCUUCUUCCGCUGCUACAUGGACGCCGUUCGCGUCUCGCUGCUCACCAUCGGGCCUUACCAGCUCAUCUCGUAUCCUGCCGCUAAGAUAAUGGACAUACGGACGGGACUGCCACUGCCGUCGAUGGGGGAGAUAGCGGCGCAGCUGACGGUAUACUUCCUGGUGGAAGACUACCUGAACUACUGGCUACAUCGUCUGCUGCACACAAAAUGGGGCUAUGAGAAGAUCCACCAUGUUCACCACGAGUUCACGGCUCCCAUGGCGUAUGCCGCGUGGUAUGGACACUGGGCCGAGAUGCUUAUCCUCGCUGUCCCCUCCCUUGCCGGCCCGGCUAUCGUCCCAUGCCAUGUCACCACGCUCUGGAUCUGGUUUGCUGCUCGCCUGGUAGAGAGCCUCAACAUUCACAGCGGAUUUAAGUUACCGUUCAACGCUGAGAAGUAUAUACCGUUCUACGGAGGGGCGGAACACCAUGACUACCACCACUACAUUGGAGGGCAGAGCAAGAGCAACUUCGCUCCUGUUUUCACCUACUGUGAUUACAUAUACGGAACGGACAAAGGCUACCGAUUUCACAAGGCAACCCUUGCAAAGCUGAAGGAGUUGGCGGGCAGCAACGUUCAGAAAGGAGAUGGCAAUUGAUUCCACAGGGGCAAGCAGGACCAGAGAGAGAUAGGCGUCACUAAUCUAUGUGGUCUCCGGAUAUAUCCCCAUGAUGGAGUACACUAGUAUAAAAUAUUUAUUUCAUGUCAAUCAUCAAGGUUGAGUGGCUCAUGAACCACCGGCAGAGUCGUUCCAAGUGUUUAUUUACUUACA